GUCACUACAGGAAUAAGUUCACAGCAAAACUAUUUUCCCUUCUCUUUUAUAAUGCAUGCUGUUGCAAUUCCAGUAUGGAGAUCAAACUAUCCGUUUCAUUUCCCAAAGCAGGCUGCUGAAGACAAUGAAAGUAAACCAGUUAAGUUAUUAUAUAACUUAAGUAUAAGGAAAAGUAGUUCUGUAAAUGUCCCAAUUUACUCCAUUAUUAGUCAAACAUACGAUAUUCUAUUGGAAAAAACCUAACUGGAUACUGUUCAAACUUCACAGAGGAAUUUUCUAAAAAUAAUUAUCCAUAAAGUCAAAUCAUUUUGGAAUUUCGAAAACUAAAUGUUUAUUUUGGCAAAGGAAAAAACACAACAGAUUUUCUAGUACGCAUAUUCAAAAAAGAGCAAACAAAAGCUCUUUAAUAUUGUUCUGGAUAUGAUUAAAUCCUCUACGAAGUGUCAGUAUAUAGUAUUUGUUUUAUAUAUUUCUUGGUAAAGAAAUAUAGAAUGUUUAUAAAUAGCUUCCGUAACGUCAUAACAGUUUGUUUUUUGUUAAAGAAGGAAAAUACCGCGUUUUAAUUGCGCUGACGUCAACGAUCGAGACUAUUAAUAAAUCAAAAUUAUAAAUAAAUAGCAUCAUCUGAUACUUUCGUUACAAAUUUUUUAUUAUUUUUAUCAACAAACGAACUAUAUUUAUUUUGCCAAAUUGUUAUAUAUUGACAAUUUGAUCCCGUAAUUUAUUCUGAUUCAAAAUGAAGCUACUUAAGGUCUAUUCACAUGAAUAUCUAAAUAUAGAUCUAAACCCUACAUGAGCCAAAAAAAUGUAGGCUAUAAAUCUAUUUAAAUCACAUUAAAUGUUACCUCACAGAUUGAGAGACAAGAAAAAGGUGAACUCAAUGGAAGGAAGUCGCGGAAUUUAAUAUUUACAAGAAUCAUUCCCAAUCUUUCCGUUGAUAAGAUAAAAAUAUAUACUACAAAGCUGCAUAGUUUAGCGUUAAAAUGAAAUUUUUUCGCAAUAAUCUUGAUAUUUUUAUUGUUUGAAAUAAUUAUUCUAACAUUUUUAUUGUUCGUUAUUAAUUAAUUAAACUGAAAUAUGGGCUGCUGCUUACGUAAGACUAAAUCAGAUAGAUCCAAAGGAUUCUAUGGUCGUACGAAAUCAAAUAAAGUACAUUCACCUGAACAUUCAAACUCUUCGAAUGGAUGCUGCUGUUAUUCUAAAAAUAAAAAAGAAAAUGUACCAUCAAGUCCUGAUUCUUUGAAUGAUAAAUCUACUGAUUGCUGUGGUCGAAAGAAAAUGACUGAUUUAUCUGUCAGUUCUUAUUGUUAUGACAAAUCUUCCGAUCAAUCCGUAAAACAACAGGAGGAAGCUUUAUUUGUAUAUUAUGAAUCUUCAAAUGAUAAAUCUAGUGGAUGUUAUGGUCGCACAAAAAAUAAAAAAAAAGAUUUGGUUGUAAAUAAUGAUUCUUCGAAUGUUGCUGCAUAUGAUAAAAGUAAUCGUAGUAAAAAAAAUUUAAAAUUCUGUGACAUAUGCUGCAGAUGCUGUAAGCAUUAUAAAGAGGAAACAAGAUUAAGUAUUAUUACUCCUUCUAAAUAUUAUAAACUGAGAAGAGAAAUUGAUGAAAAGUAUUACGGACUAAAUAAAAACAGAAUUAUCAAUAACUAACCCAUUUAAAAUAAAUGUAAACGAUGAAGUGAAAUAAUAUCAGAUUAUUGUUUUAACCCAAUAUACACAGUAUAUCUGAA